AAUAUUAAUAAUUCAACCAUAAAUAUGAACACGCAAACUCCCAAUAACAUCUCUUCAUCGAACAUUUGGGAUGACUCCUUGUGUAACAUAGCAGAUGAGUAUACGCUACCAAUAAAGUCUAAUGGCGUACGCGAAUCUGAGAGCAUCAAGAAUACUUUUACAAACGAGCUACAAAAUCAUUCUCCAACCAGAAAGUUUGGAAGAAGUUCUUCUUCAGAUUCAAUAAUUGUCAAAAACCAAUAUGUCUGCUCAAACUCUUCUGUUAGUGUUGACGGCCAGUCUGAACAGGAAGAAAUCUUAUACAAUCUUAUGUGCAUAGUACCAACCAGGAUGAAGUCUCAGCAGGAGCCAAAGAGAAUUACUUUGAAUACCAAAUGGGAGGAUAUCUGCAAGCAUAAACAACAAAUCAGCUCCUCAAAAAUUCUCUCUGAUAUGUUGCUCUAACUGCAAGUAUCUCAUGAUUUGUCCAUAUCGAAUUAAUUAUUCAUAAUAA